GCCAAUAUCUCCGCCUUCCCCGACAUCGGGUCCGGCCGGUUAUCGUCUGUCGCCCGAGAUACGUAGGUACUACAAUAGUCACAGACCAUAAGAUAAAAUCCAACCACCACUCACCAUCAUUUCCACUCUAAGCGAGUGACUCCCUACUAUAAAGGUCUCAGUAUACCUAUAAUCAAACACAAUGCCACAAAUCGGUUGGUAUGGCCUCGGCUCCAUGGGCCUGGCCAUGGCCAGCAACCUCCAAAAGCACCUUGCCAGCAAACGAGCCCUGAAUCUGCUCUAUUCGAACCGGACAAUGACUCGCGGAGACCCUCUCAAGGCACUGGGCGGGACCCCGGAGUCGAGUUUCACCAAGCUCGUCGCCCAAUGUGGCAUCAUAUUCACCAUGGUAUGUCUAUAAACCAUUACUGGAAUCCCCAUUACAGCGACGGGGCGUCUUGCCAAAAACCAAAACGAUUCGAUCAAAAACCCAGCCAACUAACUCUGCG